UUCGAUAUUUUGGGAUGUUACUUUCCUAUCCAUUUUACCCAUCCUAAAGGUGAUGAAAUUGAUGUAAAGAGGGAGGAACUCUCAAGAGCCCUAAUGCUGGCGUUUGCUUCCACGCCACUUUUUGAACCCUCAGCCAUUCCAUUACUUCUUGAAAAAAUAUCUUCUUCUCUGCCAUCAGCAAAGGUGGAAUCUUUUAAGUACCUUAGCUACUGCACAUUGAAAUAUGGAGGAGAUAGAAUGGAAAAAUACACCGAAUCCCUUUGGUCUGCAUUGAAAGAUGCAAUAUUUACUUGUCCGCACUCCAUUUUGUCAGUGGAUUCCUAUACAAUAGAUGGAAUAGGUUUUCAUGAGAGUGAAAUUAUGGCGCAGGCCCAUGAACUUCUCCAGGUGCUUGUUCAGCAGCAUAAUGCGUCAUUCUUAAAUUUGAUUCUGGGUGAUGGGGACAUAAGCACAUUUCUAAAGUCCUUUUCCCAGUUCAACGAUUUCAAUAGUCUUUCUUCUGAAUACAAGCAGAGAUUACAUGCAGUUGCUCGUAUUCUUUCUGUUUGUGUUAAAUCUUCUGGGUCUUCCUGCAAUAAAGUUUUUGAAAGUUUCUUUCCUCGGUUGGUGGAUGCUUUAAGGUUCUCGGUUGAAAAUUCCCCCGAGGCUAUUCAUUCAGCUUUGGAUGCAAAAUUUAACUUCGGAGCCUUGUAUCUUUGUGUCGAACUCCUUGCUGCAUGCAGACAGCUGGUAGUCAGCUCCGAUAAAGUCGCUUCAGCUCCGGAUCUAUCACAUGACACUUGGUGCCAGAUACUUCAUAGUUUCUCCACAUCAUUAUGCAAUGUUUUCUUUUGUCUCAUUCGAGCAAGUUGUGCUGAAAUCACUUGGAAUGCUUAUGUUUAUGCAGCAGUUAAAGGUUUGGAGAUCUUGGCUACAUUUCCUGGAAGCUUUAUUUCAGCGUCAAAGUUCAUGUAUGAGAAAAUCCUGCUGACUUUGAUGUCAAUCAUUGAAUCUGAUUUCAACAAGACAUUUCUAUGGAAGGCAGCGUUGAAAGUUUUAGUGGAAAUCAGCUUGUUUGUCAAUAAGUAUGACGAGGAUGUAAAGGCAGCUAGCUUUAACAGUAUUGUCAUGCAAAAGAUUGUUUCUCUAAUUUCUUCGGGUGACUUAAAUAUGCCGCUAUCACUCAAGAUACAGGCCAUUUUUGACAUUGGAAUGACCAGGAAGAGUUUCAUGCUUGCUGCUGCAAGCCAAUUGGAGAAGACUAUAUCUGCCAACUUAUCUGAGAUUUUUGUCCAUGGAAAUCUGCAGUUAGCUGAACUGACAGCUGUGCUUUUGGAAUGUUAUUCCAUUAAGGUACUUCCAUGGUUCCAUUGCAAUGGAGGUGCAGACGAGGUCUCUUUGAAUUUUGCAGUUAAUAUUUUUGCUAAAAUGGAAAAUAUCACAUCUUUGAGUCUAGGAGUAAAGGGAAAUGAGUUUCUGGACGCAACAAUGGCUGCAAUGAAGCAAGCUGUGGCAGGCUGUUCAAUGGAAAGCCAGGAAAAGGUUCUUCGGAAAGCUUUUGAUGUGAUGGCAACAUGCUCCUUAUUCCUAUCCAAGGAUUUGAUUCUAGGAACCAAUCGCUUUAACGAGAAAAGUCAACUUUGUCAGACUUUUGAUGGUUUGUCUUGUCGAGACGAAUGGAUUACUUCACUCUUCGCAUCAGUUGUAAUUGCGUUGCGUCCUCAAACUCGAAUACCAAAUAUAAGACUGUUAUUACAGUUGUUGACAACGACUCUCCUUGAAGGUCAUUUACCGUCAGCUCAGGCCCUGGGGUCUUUGGUUAACAAACUUCCUGUAAAUAUAUCAGAAAACUGUAGUCUCGAAGAAGUUAUUGAUACGUUAUUCAAGAAUGAGAUGUGGUGCAACAUUAUUAUUGGGAAAGAGUGCAAUGAUGGUGGUGCUGUUAAUAUGGGUAACCCGAGAAUAAGCAGUAUGAAUAGUCAUGCUGUUAUUGGAUUAGCAUGGAUAGGGAAAGGUCUGCUUAUGCGGGGUCAUGAGAAGCUAAAAGAUGUGACUAUGACUUUCUUGAGUUACUUAGUUUCAAGCGGACAUAAUAGAAAUUUGCUGCCUUUCAAGGAUCAAAUAAAAGAUGGCGCAGAGCAUGAAGUGCUUUGUCUCAGAAAAUCAGCUGCGGAUGCAUUUCAUAUUCUUAUGAGCGACUCUGAUGCUUGUUUGAACAGGAAUUAUCAUGCAAUCAUUCGCCCACUCUAUAAGCAACGGUUUUUCAACAUUAUGUUGCCUAUGUUCUUAUCUGCAAUAGUAAAAUGUGACUCAUCCACUACACGGUGUUUUCUUUAUCAAGCUUUCGCACACCUGAUAUCAGAAACUCCUCUUGCUGCUAUUGUUGGUGAUGCCAAAAAGGUCCUUCCUGUACUUUUAGAUUGCUUUCUUAUGUUAAGCAAGGAUGUCUCUCAUAAGGAGAUAAUUUACAGUGUCAUAAUAGUUCUCUCUGGAAUAAUAACAGAUAAAAAUGGACAAGAAGCUAUUGUAGAAAAUGCGCCCACAGUUAUCUGCCGACUUACUGAGCUCACAUCCUAUCCCCAUAUGAUGGUGAUUCGAGAGACUGCAAUUCAGUGCCUUGCUGCCAUGUCAGAGUUUCCGUAUGCAAGGAUAUACCCCAUGAGAACACAGGUGUUGCAAGCAUUAUCCAAAGCUCUUGAUGAUACAAAGAGGGUUGUUCGUCAAGAGGCAGUGAAAUGUCGGCAAGCUUGGGCUUCAAUUGCAUCAAGGAGUUUGCACUUCUGAAAGCAUGCAGAAGACUUCCUUGAAAACCCGGUUGGGAUCGUAUAGCCAAGCAGGCUUCAGACUACAUUCAUGUGUUGCAUCCUUGCAGAUGGUACACCCUCUUGCUUCUGCUUGUAUAGCAGCUUACUUAUAGGUCCACAGUCUUGAUGUAAGCUUUU